AGCUUUUCCAGCUGAAUAAUUUUUCAAGGCUGUAGAAUGCAGAAAGCCAUACGGAUGCUAACAAAGCGAGGUUUAUGCAUAUGCAAUGUACAGAGCCCCGCCUAACCUUUAAGCUGCUUGUUAUGCUCAUUGGUCAUUCCAUGAACAUAUCAAGCCCAAUCAUAUAUACAAGUGCAUUCGCAUAGUGCACAACCGGUAGUCUUCCAAACUGCUCCACGGCAUCAGGCAGAAAGUUGCCUAACUUUUCUUCAUCGACGAUCACUCAUGUCUGUCUUGUUGAUUCUGUAACCAUGUCGUCGCUUCCUGAGAUUACAGAAAGUCUGACUGCAGAGGAACUGGAAGAAAUACGAGUGCAGUUUGACGCGUUUGAUCAAGAUGAGAAUGGCCGCAUUUCAGUCAAAGAAAUUGGCGCCAUACUCCAGAAACUCGGCGAGAGCGUCCCUGCAUAUAAAAUUAGAGAUAUCAUCUCGGCUGUUGACAAAGAUAAAAACGGAACGGUAGAGUUCUCGGAAUUUCUAGAAAUGUACACUAACGUCAAAUCCCAGAAGGUUAAUGUAGGCCUAUUCAAAGUGGCAGAGAAAGCAUACAAAUUGCAAUGCGUUAAUUUGAAGUCUCCUGAUGAGGGUCAACAGCAUUCUUAUGAUGAACCAACGAAAGUUGCACUUGUUGAAUAUAUCAACAAGAAAUUGGAAAAUGAUGAAGACGUAAAGGCCCACUUGCCGAUCGAUAAAACAACCAAUGAUCUAUUCAACAAAGUCAGCGAUGGGAUACUUAUCUGCAAAAUUAUCAACCUUUCAGUGCCCAAUACCGUGGAUGAGAGAGCACUGAACAAGGGGAAGCUCAACGCCUAUGUGAUAAUGGAGAAUACCAUACUUGCGCUGAAUUCAGCAAGAGCCAUUGGCUGCAAUGUUGUAAAUAUUGACCCCCAAGAUAUCGUAGGUGGAGUACCUCAUCUUGUGCUCGAUUUGCUGUGGCAGAUUGUUUACGAGGGAUUAGUGAGCCACAUCAAUCUUGAGAGUAACCCGUACUUGUUGAGCCUGCUGAAUGAGGGAGAGACCCAAGACGAGCUUAUCGCCCUAUCGCCGGAGGAAAUUUUAAUCAGAUGGGUCAACUAUCAUUUGAAAAGGGCUGGUAGUACCCGUCUUAUCACCAACCUUGGGAAUGACCUCCAGAAUUCGGAAAUCUAUGGUAUUUUAUUGCUACAGAUUGGACCCGCUGAAGCAGGCAUAACCCAAAUUGUGUCUGGGGAUCCUCCGUUGGUCAAAGCAAAAGCUGUGCUUGCCAAUGCAGCAAGGAUUAAGUGCGACGACUUCGUGACACCUGAGGAUGUCGUUAGUGGUAACGAGAACCUGAACAUGGCUUUUGUUGCCAAUUUGUUCCACUAUUUCCCGGCCUUGCAACCUCCAGACGAGGAGUUUGAGAAUGUAACCGAAACAAGAGAGGAAAGGACUUUCAGAAACUGGAUGAACAGCCUUGGUGUGUCUCCUCGGGUUUACUGGCUCUAUGGUGGUCUAAAAAAUGGGCUUAUCCUCCUACAGCUCCUUGAAAAGGUGAAACCGGGCAUAGUAAACUGGUCUAAAGUAAACAGAUCGGAAAAUCUGCAACCGAGGCUUGGCUGGAAAAUGAAGAUGUUGGAAAAUUGCAACUACGUCGUAGAACUCUGCCAUCAACUGAGAUUUUCUCUAGUUGGCAUUGGUGGCGAAGACAUCUUCAACGGAACCAAAACGUUAGUCCUGGCUAUUGUUUGGCAGAUGCUGAGACAACACGUUCUCAGUGCACUGUCAAAACUAUCCGGAAGUGACUCAAAGUUGGAGGAUAAAGAAAUUAUCGAAUGGAUUAACAACAAGCUGCAAGUGGCAGGUAAAGCCAGCCGUAUUUCUAACUUCAAGGAUCCUUCCAUCGCCGAUGCCAAGGUAGUCCUGGAACUUGUCGACGCAAUAAAGGUGGAAUCUGUCAAAUGGUCACUUGUUUCCCAAGGCAUAACAGAUGAGGAAAAGCUAGGCAAUGCCAGGUACGCCGUAUCAAUGGCUCGAAAAAUCGGUGCCUCUGUGUACAUCUUUACUGAGGAUAUUUUGGAAGUGAAACCGAAGAUGCUUUUGACAUUGUUCGCAAGUCUUAUGGCGGUCGCCUUGAAGAAAUAGUAAUGUCAUUACCGGCAACCCCAAGAGAAUCAUUAAUUUUUCAUCUUGUUUUUCAAGAUGAAAAAUUAAUGUUUUUAGGGUGGAAAGGGAUCAAAUUGUUCAUGCGUAAUCCUAUGAAUGUUGACUGAGAUUAGACGCUGAAUCUGGGGCGAUGAUUGAAAAUAAAUUAGGAAUUAGGCUAAAGCAGUCUUUUUAUUUUUGAAGUUGGCGAUAAUUUUUCAGGAUUUGAGGAUUGAGGACAUAAUGCUUUUAAAAGCGAGAAACUGUGAUACAAGUUAAAAAUCAAACAGUGGAAACGCACGAUAAAUAAUUCUUUCAAUGGUCUACUAAUACAGUUAUAAUUACAUACAUUACGGUCAUUAUAUUCAGCCUAGGGUUUCAAAUUAGUUUAUUAUGUGUUUAGCCACUGUAAAAUUCGGGUGCAAGGUCGUUCAACCUAUUAAAAAGUUAUUUUAAAAACUCAUCUUGACACUGUAACGUGGUAAAGAGCUCUGUCAAUCCACGACGGUAGGAAAAAUAGGUAAUUUAUCUUUUACAAUUUUAUAUUCAUAUGGAGCAGGAAUGUUCAUUCAUAUUUGCGGCUAAGCAGCCUUGUUCUUGUUCUGUUAAAAGUAAAAUUAUUUUCUCAUAUAUAAAUUCCUUGUGUUUUUUUGUUGCAAUUAGAGUCAGAAUAAAAUAAACUCAAACUGUUUAUUUGGUGAAAUUUUGCAAACAUUUACAUAGUGUGAAAAAAUGAGUGUGUCACGAAAAUGAUGAUUUACUAAGAGAAACGGUGGGUGUCGCGGUUGUUCAGAAUUUUGUUUUAUUAGUAUACCUGUAUCCUUAUUAUUAAAUAAAUGUUUAUCCUCUUUUCAGAGCCUUGGGUAGAGAAAAUUAAAAACACAAUAAAAUGUGUGAAGGUGUCAGUUA